AUGUCUAGAUUGAGAAGAUUUAAUAGAAAGAUUUUAGGCUUCAGUACUGAUUAUACCCAUGAAGGUGAAUCGGACCAAGAUGAGGUAUCCGUAUUACCACUAGAUACAGAAGAACAGGAGGAACUCAUACAAAAAUUUGAGGUCAACGCGCACGUCACGAAUAAGCUGUACAUUAACAUCCUAAGCGUGUUGUAUUUGCUGUAUGGGGGACUGCUGAUGAUGAUCGUAAGAAAAUCGCGAGGGCAUAUCAAGCUGGCAGUUCUUGCUGGCGCUAAUUCCUUGAUUUGCUCGUGCAUUACGCUCAGGUAUAAUAUUAUAAACGAUUACUUUCUGUUCAAAAAGUUUAAAUUAAGAGUGAGCAACUUUUCUAUCAAUAUAUUAAACAUUGCUUUGUUGGUAUUUAUGGGUUGGAUAAGCUUCAAUCAUGUGAUGGAAGAUAAAAAAACAUUGUUCUGUUUACAGGUUCCAAUGUUUUUAUUUUGGGUCGCUAUGCUUGUGAAAAGGUGGGCUCGAAAAACGGAAGAUGAAAUUGCAGAUCUAAGACGUAUGAAGUACAAAUACAAAAAUGCCUAA